UUGUGGGAGUCCUGGUGAAGUCACUGCCGGCCGCCAGUUACAGUCCAGGCACGUGAGGGAGAGGUUGUGCAGCAGAUUUGUCCGUAUACUUUCGAGUUAACUGUGCACCGUAGGCGAGAUGUCUCCAGUUUCCCGAGGCUCACUGGGACUCCUCCUCCUGCUGGGCGCUUUGGUCCUUCUUCAGGCAGGGCAGAGAGGCGCCGAGGCCGCCAGCGUCCCUCCCGCGGACACCGACCCCUCGCCCAGCCCGCCCAAGCCCAAGACGCCUAAUGAUAUCGAGGAAUUCGUGAAGAAGCUGGAGUAUUCAGCCCAGGGCGGGAUAGACAACUCCUUGGACGGCUUCGUGGACGUCGUGGACUUCAACCUGCUCUCUGAUGUCGUGGCUGACGACGUCCAGGCCGGCCUCGACGAGGACUUCGCCGUGGUCGACAGCGAGCUCGGGGAGAAAGCGACCGUGCCCGCGAAUAAGACAUCUGACCCCUCGAGGAGCCGCCAGCUGUCCCUGAUCUACCAGGGCGUCUACGCCCCGGACGCCCGCUUCAACGCUUUCGCGGACGGCGUGAUGGUCAACAUGGUGGCGGAGAUGAAGCGGAAGCGGAUGGAUCCCCUCUACUUCCGCGUCUACGACCGCGGCGUUGUGGAGCACGUUUCAACGCAAUCGACCCGAGGAGGACGUCGAGACGAACCUUCAGCCGUGUCUUCCUCCUUCGCCGACGCCUCGAGUGACACCUCUCAAAGCAGAAGCAGAAGCAACAGCAGGAGAGGCAGCAGGCAGAGCGGGAAUGCCAUUGGCGGGGGCGUGAUCAGAGGCCUCACCAACGUCAGGCGCUUCGGCAACGCAGAGGUCCAGGUCGCCGGGAAUACCACGCUGAUCCGAAGCCAUUACGUGUACGGCCCCUUGAACAUCGAGCUGGUAUUCAACACAGACAAGGGCGUCAAGACCAUCAACUCCACCCUGGGCGCCGUUGCAGCGCAUGCCGUGACUGGCCUCCAUAAUAACAGUUCGAAGCUUAUUGACUUUAUAAUCGACAGUCCGCUGUUCGACUUCAUGCCAUACUACGGCAACCGCACUUUGGCGCAGCAACGCACCACAGAGCUGGUCGUGCGACAUCUGUUCUCAAACGCCUCCUUUAUGAGCCUACUCAUGCGCGACGCCUUCGAGAUCGCCUCCUACGACAAGAUCAUCCCGCAGUUUGGCACAGAGGCCAACUACUACACCGUCCUCAAGUACCUUUUCAACAACGGUCCCGGUGCUUCGAGCAGGUCGCCCCCUGCUGCUCGCGGCGUCUCCCUCCCCGGGGUGCCUUCAGCCAUUGCCGAGUACCUUGCUGGAGUCGCGCGCCAGGCCAAGAGCACUCUGAUAACUUUAGGCUAAGGCCAUCACUGCUGAUGCGGCUGAACGAGAGGCCUUUUUGGUGCAGUUGUGUUGAAUUUUGUCGGAUGUAAUGAGAAAUACUUGAGCUGUUGAUUUGUAACUCUAUUACAUUUCAGGACAGGUUUGGUGCACUAAUACCAAAAUAUGAUAUGUGCUCAAUUUUCGUUACACGAUUCAGCUAUGCUCUCAGGUCACUUGUUGAAUUCCACUUUCCCGGUAAAAAUAUUGCUCUUUCGUGUAAAGAACUGACCUGUGAUAUGUUUAUAAUAAUGGGAGAUCUGAGGAAACUGAUAUGGUAUUUUCAGGCCCACUGUACUUUCCUUUGGAUAAUUGCAGUUAGCGCUAAACGUCUUUCUCAGUGUGCUCUUUAUAUUAGGCUUCUGGUUGAAUUAACCAUUUUUCACAUCAUUACAAAGUAACUAAACAAAUAAUGAUGUUUAACUUUUUACGGAAAAUUAGUUCUGCUGGUUCGGAACCAUUCCAAAAAUUAAUAUAUUUAUAUGAUUAUAAUCCUUACUCCUAAUUUUUCUGUGUUUGUCUGUCUUUUUCAUGGUGGUUGGCUGGUCCAGCACAUUGC